AUGGCAGAGCUGCCAGCGUCCGAGAUGCCGGGGGACCCCGCGCUAUGCAGUGGGCGCUUCACCAUCAGCACGCUGCUGGGGGGUGAGGAGCCCCCGCCGCCCACCGCCUACGACAGCAGCCACCUGACCCACAGCAGCACGUUCUACCUGCGCACCUUUGGCUACAACACUAUCGAUGUAGUCCCGGCCUACGAGCACUACGCCAACAGCGCCCUGCCCGGGGAGCCCCGAAAGGUCCGGCCCACGCUGGCCGAUCUGCACUCCUUUCUCAAGCAGGAGGGCAGCCACCUGCACGCCCUGGCCUUUGACAGCCGGCCCAGCCAUGAGAUGACCGACGGGCUGGUGGAAGACGAGGCAGGCACUAGCAGCGAGAACCCUGGAGAGCCUGUGCGCUUUGGCUGGGUCAAGGGGGUGAUGAUCCGUUGCAUGCUCAAUAUCUGGGGUGUGAUCCUCUACCUGCGGCUCCCCUGGAUUACAGCCCAGGCGGGCAUUGUCCUGACCUGGAUCAUCAUCCUGCUGUCAGUCACUGUGACCUCCAUCACCGGCCUCUCCAUCUCGGCCAUCUCCACCAAUGGCAAGGUCAAGUCAGGUGGCACCUACUUUCUCAUCUCCCGGAGCCUUGGCCCAGAGCUAGGGGGCUCCAUUGGCCUCAUUUUUGCUUUUGCCAAUGCCGUGGGUGUGGCCAUGCACACCGUGGGCUUCGCAGAGACCGUGCGGGACCUGCUCCAGGAGUAUGGCACGCCCAUCGUGGACCCCAUCAAUGACAUCCGCAUCAUCGGUGUGGUCACCGUCACUGUGCUGCUGGCCAUCUCCCUGGCUGGCAUGGAGUGGGAGUCCAAGGCCCAGGUGCUCUUCUUCCUCGUCAUCAUGGUCUCCUUUGCCAACUACUUGGUGGGGACGCUGAUUCCCCCGUCUGAGGACAAGGCUUCCAAAGGCUUCUUCAGCUACCGGGCGGACAUUUUUGUCCAGAACUUGGUGCCCGACUGGCGGGGCGUGGACGGCAGCUUCUUCGGGAUGUUCUCCAUCUUCUUCCCUUCAGCCACAGGCAUCCUGGCAGGAGCCAACAUCUCUGGGGACCUCAAGGACCCUGCUGUAGCCAUCCCCAAGGGAACGCUCAUGGCCAUUUUCUGGACCACUGUCUCCUACCUGGCCAUCUCGGCCACCAUCGGCUCCUGUGUAGUUCGUGAUGCCUCCGGGGUCCUGAAUGACACGGUGACCCCCGGCUCGGGCGCCUGUGAGGGGCUGGCCUGCGGCUACGGCUGGAACUUCACCGAGUGCGCCCACCAGCACAACUGCCACUAUGGCCUCAUCAACUACUACCAGACCAUGAGCAUGGUGUCCGGCUUUGCGCCCUUGAUCACGGCUGGCAUUUUGGGGGCCACCCUCUCCUCUGCCCUGGCCUGCCUCGUCUCUGCUGCCAAAGUCUUCCAGUGCCUGUGUGAGGACCAGCUGUACCCGCUGAUCGGCUUCUUCGGGAAGGGCUACGGAAAGAACAAAGAGCCGGUGCGAGGCUACGUGCUGGCCUACGCCAUCGCUGUGGCCUUCAUCAUCAUCGCUGAGCUCAACACCAUUGCCCCCAUCAUCUCCAAUUUCUUCCUGUGCUCGUACGCCCUCAUCAACUUCAGCUGUUUCCACGCGUCCAUCACUAACUCGCCUGGGUGGCGACCCUCGUUCCGAUACUACAGCAAGUGGGUGGCGCUCUUUGGGGCAGUCAUCUCCGUGGUCAUCAUGUUCCUUCUCACCUGGUGGGCCGCUCUCAUUGCCAUCUGCGUCGUCCUCUUCCUCCUGCUCUACGUGAUCUACAAGAAGCCAGAGGUGAACUGGGGCUCCUCGGUGCAGGCCGGCUCCUACAACCUGGCCCUGAGCUACUCGGUGGGCCUCAACGAGGUGGAGGACCACAUCAAGAACUACCGUCCCCAGUGCCUAGUGCUCACGGGACCCCCCAACUUCCGCCCGGCCCUGGUCGACUUUGUGGGCACCUUCACCCGGAACCUCAGCCUGAUGGUCUGUGGCCACGUGCUCAUUGGACCCCGCAAACAGAGGAUGCCUGAGCUCCGGUUCAUUGCCAAUGGACACACCAAGUGGCUGAACAAGAGGAGGAUCAAGGCCUUCUACUCAGAUGUCAUCGCCGAGGACCUCCGGAGUGGUGUUCAGAUUCUCAUGCAGGCCGCAGGUCUUGGGAGAAUGAAGCCCAACAUUCUGGUGGUUGGGUUCAAGAAGAACUGGCAGUCAGCUCACCCGGCCACGGUGGAAGACUACAUCGGCAUCCUGCAUGAUGCUUUUGACUUCAACUAUGGUGUGUGUGUCAUGAGGAUGCGUGAGGGGCUCAACGUCUCAGAGGUGAUGCAGGCACACAUUAACCCGGUGUUUGACCCCGUGUUUGACCCUGCGGAGGACAGCAAAGAAGCCAGCACCAGCGGGGCCAGGCCAUCUGUCUCAGGCAUGUUGGACCCGGAGGCCCUGGGGCGGGAGGAGCAGGCCAGCACCAUCUUCCAGUCUGAGCAGGGCAAGAAGAGCAUCGACAUCUACUGGCUAUUCGAUGACGGAGGCCUCACCCUCCUCAUCCCCUAUCUUCUCGGCCGCAAGAAGAGAUGGAGCAAAUGCAGGAUCCGUGUGUUCGUGGGGGGCCAGAUCAACAGGAUGGACCAAGAGAGGAAGGCGCUCAUUUCCCUGUUGAGCAAGUUCCGACUGGGAUUCCACGAGGUUCACAUCCUUCCGGACAUCAACCAGAAGCCGCGUGCUGAGCACACCAAGCGGUUUGAGGACAUGAUUGCACCCUUCCGCCUGAAUGACGGCUUCAAGGACGAGGCCACUGUCACGGAGAUGAGGCGGGAUUGUCCCUGGAAGAUCUCAGAUGAGGAGAUUAACAAGAACAGAGUCAAGUCCCUUCGGCAGGUGAGGCUGAAUGAGAUUCUGCAGGAUUCCUCCCGGGACGCCGCUCUGGUGGUCAUUACCUUGCCCAUAGGGAGGAAGGGGAAGUGCCCGAGCUCGCUGUACAUGGCCUGGUUGGAGACGCUGUCCCAGGAUCUCAGACCUCCGGUUAUCCUGAUCCGAGGGAACCAGGAAAAUGUGCUCACCUUUUACUGCCAGUAACUCCAGGCUGGGCCAUGCCUGCCCAAAGCCGAGGGUGCCUGGGACAUCCGCCUGUCCGCGGGGACAAGACUUGUGUCCUGUUGUACUUUAAACAUCUGUUGAUCU